AUGAAUCCAGAGGCCACUACGGAAGCUGAGUUUCCUACAGCUCAGCAGGAGGCCCUGGCUCCCCCUCUUGAGCAUCCUGAGGAGACAGGAUCUCUACAACCCAACAAGAGACCACAGCUAGGCCUCCAGAGCCUCCUGGAGAGGAUGAGCCUUCAAGGGAGCAGUAGCAGCCAGCUCAGCCUUCUGAGCCUCCUGGGGAAGUUGAACCUUCUCCAACCCAGCAGGAGCCCACAGCAGGAGAUCCCAGCUCUGUCUCCUCCGGAGAUAGGACCUUCUGCAACCCUGCAGGAGCAACCAGCUCAGCCUCCAGAGCCUUCUUCAGGGGAGGUGGAACCUUCUCCAACUCAACAGGAACAGCCAGCUCAACCUCCAGAGCAUCAUGAAAUGACAGUUUCACCUCCAAGUCACCCUCAUGCUCAGCAUUCAAAGUUAUCCAGUGUCGCUGUCAAACCUGCAGAUGUGGAGCUUACCAUCACAGAAGAACCCACUCCAGAGACAGAACCUUCUCCAGCCCAGCAGGAGGCCCCAUCUCAGUCUACAGAGCCACCUAAGGAGGCUAAACAUUCCGCAGCCCUGCAGCAGACUGCAGUUCCUCCAACUUACCCUGAGGUGACAUUUCCAAAUCCAGAGCAAGUUCAGGCUCAGCAUCCAACCUGGAGUGAGGCCACAGUUCAACCUUUGGACCUGGAACUUAUGUUAACUCUGGAAUCCAGUAUGGAGGUUGAACCUUCUCCAGUCCAGCAGAAGACCCCACCUCAGCCUCCAGAGCUCCUUAAGGAACUUACCACAACUCCAGAACCUACUAAAGAGUCUGAACAUUCUACAGCCUGGCAGAAGACUACAGCUCCCCCUCCAAAACACCCUGAGGUGAAACUUGCACAACCAAACCUGACUCAAGUCACAGUUCCACCUGUGGACCUGGGAGUUAACAUAUCUCAGCAACCAAAGCCAUCUGAGACAAAACAGCCAGAACAGAAUGCCACCAAAAACAUCAGCAUAUGUGAGCUCUGUACCUGCAAAAAUGAGACGCUGUCGUGUGUUGGUCUCAGCCCAAAGCAGAAGCUCCACAGAGUGCCUGAGCCAGAGCCUAACGCCUACAACGGCACCUUCACCAUCAUGUAA